AUGAAGAAUACAAAUUUCGCAGCUGCUUCUGCCUGGUAGUAUCAAAAUAACCCACCAACUUUGCAGCCGCAGUCAUCAGCAGCACUCUAUCAAAGCACCUACCAGAAAUAGUCCUCCAGCAAAAAUCAGAAGAAAGUGAAUUCAUCAAAGAAGAGCCCAAAAGCACACAUUACCAGCAAUUAAAAUUAGCUAAGUGUCAGCAACAAUAAAACUAAUAGCAAUGCAAUUAACUAGCAGCAAAGCAUUCAUCAUCAAAGAUAAAUGAAUUUCAAAAAUUAGUCUGUGGCUAAUUUACAGAAUAGAUAACCCAGUCAGCAUAAUACUCCUGAUUAGUAAAAAAAUUAAUCAGUCAAAAAGUCAUCAAAUAAUAAGCUCAAGGAGAAUGAUAUUCGAUAGUAGUAGUAUUUGAUUGGAGUCAUCGAACAACGAAAGCGAUCAAUGGAUUAUUAACCUUAAUACUCAAAAAGUACUAAAGUCUCUCCAAAUCGAGUCCCUGUCCCAUAAUCUGAUCCAUACAGCCAUCAACAACAAUAAUUGAGAUUAAAUCAUAACAAUCCAGUGACCACUUUCAUUGAAAAUUUCUAAAAGGCCACUCAAUAAUUUAAGGUAGACCCUAACUACUAGAUGGGGGUUGGUAAUCAAUGCAGUUUAAGGAUACCACUUAAUGAGUAAGCCAAAAAUGGAUAGAAAUUAAACAUGACUCCUAAUUUUGAUUUUGAUCAGAUUUCUCCUAAUAUUAUUUCACACACUUAAAUUGCUUAAGAUAUGAAAGGAAAUAAUCACCAUGGCUUUACAACGGAGAGUCAGAGCCUAACAUUUGACAGGAAUUCAAUCGGGGGAAGUAGUUCUGGAAAUAAUCACAAUUCUAUUCACUAAUCUUUUAUCAAUCUAAUAUACCCAUCUAUGUCAAAAAAAAUCAUGACCAACAGUCAGUAAGCUGAAACCAAUGCAGAUAAGCAUUAGAGCAAAAAGGUAGCUUAUAAUAAUUUGUAACCUUAAAUUAAUGCGGGGUCACAUCAUUAGAAAUCGAAGUCACUAUUCACUGGUGCUUAAAAUUUCACUAAUGUUCACUCACAUUCUAACUUAAAUACUCUUAACGGAAAUAUGGCAAAUAUCGGUGGAGUUCAAAAAAUAAAUUAAAGCUCUUACAAAAAAUAAUCUAACGUGUUCAACUAUUCUCAUCGAUUAAAGGAGCUACUAGAUGAAAAUUCAGAAAGCCAAGAUUUGGAACUUUAAAGAAGACAUUAGUUGUUUUCUCAACAGCCAUCACCCUCUAACAGUCAUGGCAAUAUUCUCUUGUAAAUGAAUGAUAUAGAGGCAGACAAGAAGUUGAGUUCAUAGAAAUAGUCAGUAAAAAUAAAAAGCACCUUUGAAAAAAUAGUAAUGGGUUAGUAGUAGCCUUAGAUGUCUUCAAUAGAAGAUAAUAUUUGUUAGUCUUAAGCGAGAACUGGACUUAAUUCUAACGGUUCUUAGACAAUAGAUUUUUAUCUAAAAAACUAGCUUAGUAUUAACACUCAAAAUUAAUUCCCAUUGACUAAAUCAAUCAGCUCAGUUAAUACUCCAAACAGCCGCAGUAUUUAGUACCAAUAGCAAUAGUCCUCAUCUAAUUAAUAAAAUGGAAAGGUCAAGGUUGAAUUUUAGCCUGGUAAAAAUCAUGCUAGAAAGCCAAGCCACACUGGAGCAGUGAGUUCUAGCUAGAGCAUCUUUAACAGUAACUAUAUUCCAGAGGAUAGUUUGUAGACUCAUAGCUACUCUUAGAGUGAUUAUUCUUAACUAAACACCAGAAGGAAAAGCAAUGGCUAUACAGAAGACUCACUUAGAGCUUAACCAGUUUCCAAUAGCUAAUAAAAUCAACCUAUUAGAGAAAAGAAAUAGCAUUAACCAACUUAGAGCAAGAUCGUUAAUAAUUCAAAAUAAUUUUAGCAUUAAAAUGCCUAAUCCUCAACUCAGAUAAACUACAGACCUCAUCACUAGAGAUCUUAGAGUGACUAUGUUAACUUUUCCUAAGACCCCAACCUUAAUAUACAAAACUAGCAAAGAAGCAAAAAUUUCUAAAAUUCUGACUCUUAAGGAUUUGAAAUGCUUAGCAGUAGCGGAAACAGUAAUUUAGCAUUAGUAAAUCCUAUUCAUGCAGACUAUUAUGAAGACAAGGCAGAUAGUUUGGCUCAAGGUGCAACUCCCAAGGAUCUUUUUAAAGACACAGAUAGAAGCAAUAAUGCUUCUUUUUUGUAGCAGUACUCUUAGGCUUUAAUGGAAGCUUAAAUACAGAUUAAUAAACAGUAUCAGAUAAAUAACCCUACAGGCGCAAAGAACAUGCAUAAACAGAAUAAGCUCAGCUUUGUUGAUAAUUAGUAGAAUAUUAGUUAAACUAUAUAAGCAGUCAAUACUGUAGAUUCAAAAUCUAUUUAUCAUCAGAGAAAACUAUCUCAUUAGCCCUAGGGUUAAUAGGUGCCACCGAGUAAAAAAUCCCCAGAAAAGAUUAAUAACUCAUAGUUCAACUAUAAAGAUCAUUACUAAAAACUUGCUCUAAAAAGAAAAGUAUCGCCUAAACCAAAUACUAAUCACUAAUAAGCCAAUAACACAUCAAGGCCAUAGAUACAUAGUCAGAAAUAAAACUUUAAUCCAACAAUGAGCGGUAAGAGUAAUUUACACUCCCAUAAAAAUUCAAUGAUCACUUCUCCUACAUCUUCAGUUACGAUAACACACUAGAAUGUGUCACAGCAGAUAAAUACACUUUAAAAUUCAUUCAAUCAAUCUUCAUCAACAAACAAGUAUCACCAAAUGAUGACACUAGCUCAGCACAGUUCAUCAGCAGUUGUAAUGUCAAGUUCCCACAAAACUGCUAGGGAAAAAGAUAUGAAGUCCAAGAUUAUUUAAUAGGCAACAAAGAAAUACCAAGAAUCCUAAAUGAACUAGAACUGCCAUAAUAAAUAAUCUUACAGCAAACUUUCCACUUAGAAUGUCACAAACAACUUCAAAAAAACUAUCUAGAGUGAAAAAGUUUCCCCAAGAAUCCAUCAUCCCUCAGGUUCAAUUGCUGCUCAUCAUUAAGCUAAAAAAAGCAUUGCAAAUAUUUCUAUAGACCUUUAUAAAGGAAUAGUCACCUAAAAUUAGCACAAUAAUCCGCAGUACUAAUAGCAACCUUAUGUCAAUUCAAAUGGGCCUUAAAGGCAAUUUUCAAAAAUUUCACUACAGAAAAGUGAUUCUCAAUCUCUAUAGAGUGAUUUUAUUCAGAGGAAAAAUUCUUUCGUUAUACCUAACCAGCAUCAUCAAUUGGAGUCAUUCCGAGACAUGUCUCCGAAUAACUUUGGCAACGUCAAAUUUAAUUAGUCUAGUAUGACGUUAAACCCUCCUGAUCACAACAUGCCGAAUGGCUAUCAGUAAAAGCAGGCGGGUUUCCAAAAUCACAGAUACUCAGUGCAGAAUUCACCGCAUAAGAACAUACCUUUGUUCCAGAAGAACAUGAAAUAGUCUCUGCAUUUAAAGACUUCCUCAAUGUCUAAUAUUAGUAGCAAUAUUCAUGGCCCAUUAUCAAAUCCUUAUUCGUAACAGUAGCAUCACAAACCAAACAAUUAGUCUAUCCUCUCUCCUACUAACAAAAGUUUGAGUUUCUCUAAUGUUCCGUUAAGCUCUAACAACAAGCAAUCUAGAGGCAUCGAUAUUACUAGUACUCCAGGAGAUCCUUCAUUUGGUGAGGAUGAUCAGAGUCACGUGAUCUAUGGAGGAGCUACUAAAAAGAAGAGUAACUAAAAAACCAAUCAAAAUACUUCUAAAAAUAUGAAAAAACCUACAUAAAAAUCUCAGGUCUCUGAGUUCAAGCAUGACUAGUAGCAUCAAAAUUAGAUGUAUCAGCAGCAAAUGAGUCAUGGAACUAUAAGAGAGCAGGCUGAGUACACUAAGCUAUCUGAGACUGAGAAAUUGCUCAAUCAAAUUAGAAACAAUAUUCUUAAGUAAUAAAAGCAGAAAACAGGAGUGAUACCUUUUGAGCAUGAUAACAUAAUGGAAGAAGAGGAACUUUUGGAAGAAAUAAAUGGAGAACUAGGUAGAAUAACCGAGAAUAGCGUAGAGUAGUACCCCUUAGAGACUGUUGUUGAUCUGGCAGGAACAGCCAAAAGGUAAAAUUAGUAGAGGAGAAUAGAAGGAAAUCAUGGAAACAUUUAGAGAGAUAGUCUCCAAAUAUAAAACCCAACUGAAGAGCCCAAUUCCUACAUUUAUAUGACUACUGAUCCAAACAUGUCUCCGUACUCAAAGGACAUCUGCAAACUUCAAAAAAUGAUUACUAUUAACUUCAAAAAGUACAGCGACGCUCCUUAGACUACCUCAGAGUUUUAUAGAAUUGGCAGAGUCUUAGGUAGAGGUGCCUUUGGAAAAGUAAAUUUGGCAGCCCAUAAAGUCAGUGAGCAACUUGUAGCAAUCAAGAGCAUUAAUAAAGAAUUUCUUAAAAGUGAGGAGGAUCAAAAGAAAAAAAUCAUGCAAGAGUUUGCUAUCUUGAAGCAGAGCAACCAUCAGAGUGUUGUUAGACUCUAUGAUACUUUCGAAACAAGCAAGCAUAUUUGCUUUGUAAUGGAAUUAUGCUCAGGUGGGGAUUUACUUACGUAUGUGAGAAAAAGAAGAAAGCUUAAGGAAGAUGUUGCUAAGUAUUUCUUCAAAUAAAUCAUUGAUGGUCUAGCUUAUAUUCAUAACUCUAAACUCAUUGUCCACAGAGAUAUCAAGCUUGAUAAUAUCCUUUUGGAUGCAAAUGGAAGAAUAAAGAUCUGUGACUUUGGAGUGUCUAGAUAAGUAUCAACUGAAACUGAAAGAAUGACUGAACAAUGUGGAACACCUGCAUAUAUUGCUCCUGAAAUUUUAAAAGAUAAGGGCUAUGAAGGAUUCAAAGUAGAUGUAUGGAGUGCAGGUGUUUGCUUAUAUGCUAUGCUGAUUGGCACAGUCCCUUUCAAAGCUGCUAGCAUGCAUGAGCUCCAUCAUCUUAUUAUAAGCGGUAAAUAUGAAGUUAAGGAAGAGAAAUUAAGUGAAUCAGCUCUAAAUCUUAUUGCAUCAUUAUUGGAAGUAGACCCUAAGAAGAGACUAAGCGCUUAUGAAGUACUUAGUCAUCCUUGGCUGAAAGAUGCUGUUGAUGAAAUGGAUAUAUUCACCUAAAAGGAAAAAGAUACCAUCUAGAAAGAGUAUCUGUCAAAGAAUAUAGAUAGAGUAAUCAACAGACAGUCUAAUUAGCAAUAAGAUACAGAGGUCAUCUUUACAGAGCAUAAUCUAGAUACUAAAACCAAUGGCAAUUCAUUAUUGAAGAAUGCCUCAACUAAAUCCAUCAUAUUAGCGCCUUUUAACUCUACUGUAAGUGACUAUGAUGAGGAAAAAGAGAAAUUAAUAGCUUGGCCUGAGGAGGUAAAGUAAUUAAUGAGACCUAAGAAAUGCAUCAAGUUUAAUCCUAAAGUUAAAGACUUUGACCGUUAAUAUGAACAAAAUAACAAUGCAGAUCUUGAUAAUGGUGUCUAUAACAACUUUGCUAAUGACAAGAGCAAUAAGAGUGACGAGAGUAGAGCAAGUUCUUCUUAAGAUUCACUCAAGAAGAGCUUUAAGGAGACUGAGCUGAGUAGCGAUGACGAAAAGGCUGAAAAGCAAGUCGAGGAAGCUCAUGAAAAUAAGCUUAAACAACAGAGUGAGUUACAAGAAUUUGAAAAGCAGAUUAAAAUGAAAUAUGUCAAGUACUAAGAACCUGUCGAGAUUGUUAAUGAGGAUAUUGUUACUCAGAUAGUGAAAUCAGGCAUAUAUCCCAAAGAUUAUUUAUUGAAGUGUCUAAACUCUAAGGAAAUGAACUAUGCGACUGCGACCUAUCAUCUCUUGCUGAAGAAACAGUAGAUAAUGCAAAAGCUAUUCAGUGAAGAUCUUAAUUAACAGUAAAACAAUAACUGCUCAUCCAAUCCUUUUGCUUCUCUUUGA